AUCAAUAGUAUAAAAAAAACAAUAUUAGACAAUUUCAAAAUGGUGAGGGUAAGACGAGGUCGUUUUACUCUUUCAGCUAAUAUUAUCAUGACAGCUUCCUUAAUUACAAGGACUCUGUCUUUUGGAUUUAUAAUGAUGGCAAUCUACAUCAAAGUUGGCGAUGAUAUUCUGGAUGAAGACGUCAUUAAAGUUGUGGACAUGCAAGACGUAGCCGGCAUGCCCCUUGGAACAACAGUGAAAUCGAUUGUAUUUUCUCUAAUUGGGGUUUUUAUGCUGGAAGUACUUACUGGAAUAUUUGGUUUAUGGGGAGCUAUUGGGCGAAGUAAAAAGAUGUUAACAAUCACCGUGCUGAUGAGUUCAUUGAUGAUUAUAGUAUACAGUAUAUACUUAGUGAUUAUAUACGUCUUAUAUCAUAAGAAGUCAAACCUGAGAGAUACCUUAAGCACUUAUACCGCAGCAUAUGAAGCAAGUUCAACUCAUAUUUCAUCUUCAUAUUUUUCUCACACAUUUCCGAAUUUUCUGUCAAAGCUAGGAUGUGAAAGAAGAGGACAGUCCGGUAUUUAUUACUGCUAUGAAAUCUAUAAUGAGCAACUCAGUAGCUACCUGCAUAUAUAUUUUGGAUUGAUUGUCACGUGUAUUGUUUGCCAGGUUGUUACCAUAGUUGCUGUAGAAUAUACAUUUAGGAAAUUUGAAUUCAAAGAAAAGAAACCAAACCUUACAGACAACAAGUACUAUUUGUUGUUGACUAUACAACAUGGGAUAUUCAGAAAUAUCUUAUUUUUUGCUAGAGAUAACUGGAAAAGGUGAAUAAAGUCAACAGUAGUAUUCCGCUAUUCAAUAGUCAUAAUUCGAUUAAGCAAAACCAAA